AUGGACCAGUCUUUAUUCUGCCAAAGCAAUCUCCUCUAUACCCAGGAGUCACUGUCACGAUACUGCCCCGGAGGCUAUCAUCCAGUCAACCUCGGUGACACCUUCGAGAAUGGCCGCUACAAAAUAUACCAUAAAUUGGGAUGGGGUGGAUAUUCGACUGUUUGGCUCGCAAUGGACAAUUCGUCGGUUUCUCUCCCAUUCUCAUCGUCUCCCCGAUCCCUAGAUCUAACCUUGGAACGUGCUGGCAGUCGUAGCCAAUGGGUUUCGAUCAAGAUUUUGACUGCCAAUUCGCCGAUAUCCCGAGAGUUACGAAUCCUAGAUAUCUUACAGACCCGGGGUGGUCUUUCCUCGAACUAUAUUGUCCAGUUGCUUGAUACAUUCACCCACACGGGCCCCAAUGGAGCUCAUCAGUGCCUUGUUUUUGAGUUGCUUGGCCCAUCAAUGGCUCAGGUUCUUGCAGACUAUCGUUCUGACGGCGAUAAAUUCGAGCCGGAAAUCUUGUUAAGGAUCUCGAAGCAACUGUUGAAAGCUGUGGAUUUCAUUCAUAGCUCUGGCUUGUGUCAUGGGGAUAUCAGUGCCCGCAACAUUGCUUUCACCUGUAAAAGUAUCUCCCGAGGCACCGAGGACGAACUUUUUGAGAUUCUUGGAUUUCCAGAACACGAGCCACUCAGUCGAAUUGAUGGCGCCCCUUUGGAAGUCGGAUUGCCGAAGCAUCUGGUCAAGGCUGCAGAGUGGGAUGAAUGGAUAGAAGAGGAGGAAGAAGAUAUCCGUAUUCUCGACUUGGGAGAGAGCUUCUUCCAAGGACAGGAGCCUGAGAAGCUAGCUCAGCCCGGGCCGCAUCGGGUGCCAGAGACCAUCUUUACUGAUUCUUUUGGUUAUAGGGUGGACUUGUGGCGGACGGGGUGCAUGAUUUACUCUUUUGUAUUUGCAGCGUGGCCAUUUUGGUAUCUUGGUGAUGAUGAAGUUCUAGUUCACCAAAUGAUUGGCCUUGUGGGGAAAUUACCAGACGAGUGGGAGGCAAAGUGGGAAUCGGUGCUUAAGGGCUCCAAACACGACCUUGGGCCAGAUGGAGGUUUUUCGGCUACAUCGAUGUCUCAACUACGCCUGACUACAGUCCCGGGGUAUUUCAAGCAGGAUGAUCCUUCUACCGACCCCAAAACAUUCGACUACGUGAAGGAGAACUUUGGCCUUAUUGAUCGCCAAUAUACCGAAGAUCAAAUAGCCAGCUCCGAAGACAGCCAGUGGCAGCGUUUCCAAAAGCAUGUGGACCACUUAAACUCCGUUGAUGGUCCGAGAUUCAAAGUUUUGUUUCUCGGACGCCACGGCGAGGGUGUCCAUAAUGUCGCGGAGAGUCGCUACGGUACCAAACUGUGGGAUGAUUAUUGGUCCCUCCAAGACGGAGACUCACAUGGACAGUGGGUUGAUGCCCGUCUGACCCAAAAAGGAAUCGAGCAGGCACGAGUGGCACAUAAUGCUUGGAAAGACCAACUCCAAGCAGGCAUUCCACCACCACAAUCCUUCUACGUGAGUCCUCUGAAUCGCUGCCUGGCGACCGCCCAUGUGACGUUCGAUGGCCUCCCCAUUGCCGGUAUCACUCCGUUCAGUCCGGUCAUCAAAGAGUUGGUUCGUGAAACAAUGGGCGAACACACAUGUGACCGUCGCUCCAGUGCGACGGCAAUUGCCGCAGAAUAUCCGCAUUAUCGAUUCGAAGCUGGAUUCGAAGAAGAUGACUUGCUCUGGGAUCCCAAGACCCGUGAAUCAGAUGAUCAUCGCAACGAACGUCUGCGCAGUCUUCUUGAAGACAUUUUCUCCAAUGAUGAAAAUACGUAUAUCUCAUUGACAGCUCACUCUGGGGCUAUCACUAGCAUUCUGGAGGUAUUGGGUCACCAGAAGUUUGCGUUGGCUACGGGUGCUGUCAUUCCGGUGCUGGUGAAGGCGCAGAAACCCGAUGAUGUUGGGGAUGCCAGCACGGGUGAACAAUAA